AAUCUUGGGCUGUGAUUGGUCGGCCUAUUGAACAGGUGCUAUGCGUCAUCCGCCAUAUCGUUGGUUUUUGAGAAAGUACAUGUUGUUUGCUAAUCGUAAUAUUUCGAUUAAUUUGUGAUUAAACUAUUAAAAAGUGUGUUAAAUGUGUAUAUAAAGAUGAGUGAGUGGUACAGAAUGAAGAACGGCUUCAACAAUAAACAUAAUUCAUCUGAAUUGUCAGUGGAAACAUCUUGUGAUAUGUCAGACUCUUUUAAUAUAUUUUCUGAUAAUUUGAGCCCAAUACCGGCUUCAAUUGUGCCUCGAAAGUUGGAUUUUAGUAGUAUGGACGAUGAUGAGGGUAUGAGGGACCCUACAUCAGCUCCUGCAUCCCUCAGUCCACCGUACAAAAGGGUCAAGGCUCUGAAAUUAUUCGAUAGUCCUCACACGCCGAAAACGCUUCUAGAGAAAUGUUCAACGCCCUCCCAUCACCCGCCCAGAUCAAGACUCUUCCCGCCAAAAGUCAACGCACCUACUGGCAUGCCGUCUGGCUCGAGUCACCACCUUCACCCACCGUCGGACGAGGACAGCGCGCUCGGCAGCCUGCCGCCGGACGAGCUCGACGACACGAGGCCUGCGAGGCGACCACUUGCAAACAUCAACCCUUUCACACCUGACGGCCAAGCACUAAAUAAGAAGAAGAGAGCCCUGUCGAAGACGCCCACGUGGGGAGACGCGACGCCCGAGCAGCCGGCGAAGCGGCUCAGAGAGUCCAACAUCUCGCGCUACAACGUGGAGUUCGUGGAGCUGGGCGUGGCGGGGCGCGGCGCCUUCGGGCGCGUGGCGCGCUGCGUCAACAAGCUGGACGGCUGCGUGUACGCGCUCAAGCGCUCGCUGCGGCCCGUGGCCGGCUCGGCCGCCGAGCGCGCCGCGCUCACCGAGGUGUACGCGCACGCCGCGCUCGGCCGCCACCCGCACCUCGUGCGGUACUACUCGGCGUGGGCGGAGGACGACCACAUGAUCAUCCAGAGCGAGUACUGCGACGGCGGCUCGCUGCAGCAGCUGAUGGAGGCGGGGCCGCUGCCGGAGAGCGAGCUGCUGCUGUUGCUGGCGCACGUCGCGGACGGCCUCGCGUACAUCCACUCGCAGCAGCUGGUGCACAUGGACCUGAAGCCGGGGAACAUCUUCAUCGUGCGCGGCGAGGGCGGCGCGGCGCCGGACUCCGACGACGGCUACGACGACGACGAGCCCGACCUGCCGCACCACAAGUACAAGAUCGGUGACUUGGGUCAUGUGACCUGCGUGUCGUCACCGUCGGUGGAGGAAGGCGACUGCAGGUACCUUCCGAAGGAGGUGCUCCAGGAGGACUUCACGCAUUUGACCAAGGCUGAUAUAUUUGCUUUCGGUCUCACUCUAUACGAGGCCGGUGGAGGGGGAGCCUUGCCCAAGAACGGUCAGGAGUGGCACGACAUCAGGGAUGGAAAGCUACCGGUCCUACCGAACCUCUCGAGGGAGUUCAAUCAGCUGUUAAAGAAAAUGGUGGACCCGGACCCGAACCAGCGGCCGUCCGCCGCCCGCCUGCGCCGCCACCCGCUGCUGCACCCCGCCGGCAACAAGAGCAAGGCGCAGCUGCGGCGCGAGCUGGCCGCCGCCAAGCUCAAGAACGAGCUGCUGGCGCGCAAGCUGCAGGAGGCCGCCAGGUGCAUCAAAUCCCUGACGCCGAACCUCGUGAACCAGGAGUCGGCCAAGUUCCGCACGCGAUCGGCGAAGCGCCUGCAGAAGCCGCGUAUCGACUCCAACAUCGUCGAAAUCAUACAGUCGGUGUCGUCGCCGCUCCGGAUAGAGCGACGGACGGACAGGAGGAAGAGAGUGUAGUAUACGGAUGUUCUGUUGUCGCAUAAAUUAACAUUUGACACACGUAACGUAUGUCAGAGAAGUUUUAUACUCAGUGGCAACGGUCGGUGUCGCCAGUUGACUCUGAUUUAGUCGUCGGUGCGGUCGAACACGAACGCUCCGGGAACGCAAAGCUCUAACUGAACCGUGCGGAAUAUUAGUAUAAGUAAAAAGUAUCAUAUCAAUAUAAAUAUUUAUGUAGUAGUCAUAAAUUAAAACGUCAUUUUGUUUUAAAUAUAUUAUUGUCGAAUUAACAAAACAUUGUAAGAUUAAUAAUCUAAAGCAACGUCUAAGUACAAUAAGAAACGAAUAUAUUUGUUAUGAAACGGCCCUGAAGUGUCCGACGCGCGGACGUUAACUCUCUAGCCAUUUUUAGUAGCCUGUAGUGCUGUGGGGGACUCAGUACAGUCACGGAACAAGGAAAAUUUCGGAUAUUGACGUUAUUGCGACCCGACGUGUGUUUAAAUAUUAUUAGAAAAUAUUGCGAAUAAGUAAAGAGAAGCCGUAUGUAAGGUACGUAUUCAGUGUCUGUGUAAACGUGUCGAUUUUAUACUAACACUAUAGAAAUACAAUAAACCUUCCUACACGUGUAUAGUUUGAUAGAAAUUUAAAUGAGAAGCUUACUAAAAAGUCACGUACUUUAUUGUUUAGGGCAUAAGGUCUGAAAUUCUGAAGACGGCGUUCGUUGCACCUGUGUGAAUGCGAUGGCAAUACGCGAGUGACAGAGACAGUUACAUAGGACAGAUAGGCCAACGAACGAAAUUCUUCCUGUUCCGCGACUGGGGUAGAGCAGUCUCGCUACGCUAAUCCGUCACCUGGAAUACAUUUUCAAUAUUAAACACCUACAAGUUUAAAUUUCAUUUAGUUGCUUUGAUGUAAGGAAUGGUUAAAUCUUCUUUCCGGCGACAGUUUCUAUGGAUUAUGGUGACCACUCGCCACCGAGUGGCCAUAUGCCUGCCUACUAGCGAGACUUGUAAUUCGAUUUUAAAUAAUCCCGUUUCAACGUAGACACGAAUUUUGUCAAUUGUGUUUUGAUAAUUAAAAUAAACAUAAUGAUUUGACAUUGGAGACCAGUCAGCGAAAUUAUGGAAUAUUUCGUUGCUGGAUUCAUUAACAAAUAAUGACCUGUCAGACGUUUUCAACUAACGCGCGGUCUCACGACCUUUGAUACUUGUGGAAUACUUUUAUAUGAUGUAUCGGAAUUUGACUAUUAUAAAUAAUUAUUUUGGCAAAAUUAAAAGAACGGAUACAAAUAAAACAAUAAUAAAAUCUAAUAAAUACAAUGUUUGUGAAUUUAAAAUGUCAAUAAUGAUGACUUAAUCUGCCGUAUGGCUGAAUGUUGAAAUGAUCAUUGUUACGUAGAAACGAUACGAAACGAUAAUCACGUGUGUACUAGUGGCCCUUGUUUUGCAUAAUAUUAAUAUUGCUAUAAUAAAAUCUCAUCAGAUAAUAACUCGUAGCAAAUAUAGACAACACACCGAUUUUAGACUCUUGCUAGAGAUCGUAAAGUCGAAAAUGUUUAUUAAAACUAAAUUUUAACUACUUUACUUUUACUAGUAAUUAAAUUACAUUAAUUACCUUAGUAGCUUAAGGUACAGUUAGAGCUGAAAAAUAUUACCGUCAAUUUGAAUCAUAAAGAUGUAUACAGUUCUAUUAGUUUUAUUGUUUAUAACGAACUAAAUAUAAAUUAAAAGUUUUCUAAAGGCUUGGCAACGACUUUGUAGUUAGACAUAGAAACUCGUAUAAUUAUAAUCAAUUUCUUGUUAUUGCGUUUUCUGUUGUUUUCGCAAUGGUUUGUUUUGUUAACGCUACUCGAGAGAGAGAUAGCAACAUUCACCAACAAAAUACAAUCAUUGUAAUGAUGUAUGAGUAUUGUAAAACGAAUGGGCCGUCAAAAUCGUUAAAAUUCUCGAGAAAAACGUUUUGCUGGUAUAUAACGAAUAGAUAGUCUCCGUGUCUGCAAAUAAACUACUCGCCGAAUGUACAAAUAUACUCGUAUACAUACAGACUAAAUAUGACUAAAAGUGCCUUCGAAUGUUAAACGAGAACAUUGUGAUUAUAUUUGCUAUUAAAACGAAUUUACUGUAUAAAUGUUAACCGUUUCGUGACGUUUAAACAGCUCUUGUUUUGUGAAUAAAUUAUAAAAUAAUCUCUUAAUGUAAUCGAAUGGGGAAUACAGUUAAAACGUCGAAUCGAAAUGUUUCCAGCAGAACACGGAGCUGUUUAAAUAGCACGACAAUAAUUCUUCCAUUAAUCCCUCGAUGUGAUAUUUGUUUGAAAGAAAAAAUAAACUUAAAUAUUAAGCUUUAGGUAAGUGUAGUUCGUGGAACACGACGGUCGAGACGCGUCUCGGCCGCCCCCCCUUUAUACCACCUUAGUCGUAGGCAGCGGUCGGACUGUUCGUACUCGUAGUGCUCGGGUUUGGUCAGGUUAGCGAGGGCGCCAUGUAGAGCUACUUCAACCUCCGUCUCUAUUCAGUCGUAUCUCAAAUGUUACACUCGUCGAAUCUAUGAUUUGUGUUUAUAUUUUAAAUAGUCGUAGUCCUUAUGACCCCGAGCUAUAUUUUAUCGCAACAAACAUUUGAUUUAUUCAUUCCAUAUAGUUGUAUAUGGAAUAAAUAAACAGCAAUAAUUAUUUUCGCGUCAGAGGCGAUUCUCUGUCGUCCUCUUCACUCACCCGAGUCGACCGGCAGUGUGCGAGCGAGAGGUGACCAGAGGCGACGCCAUUUUGUUCAUUUACCCGAGUGGGCAGAGUCGGUGGUGGGGACAGCUCUCGGUUGCGUCUGACGUGUCGCCUUCGACAAACGAGCGCCGUCCGUCCGUGUCGCUCUCGAUAAAUGUAUAUUUAUAUUAAUUGUAUAGAUGUAAAAAUGAAGAAAAUAUAAUCAAAACUUUAAUACGUGUUAAAUUAAAUCUUCCUCCGAUACUAAUUAGUGUUAAGAUGCAAAUGUGGAAUGUACUUCGAGAAUUCUCUGUUAACUUGUCCAUUAGGUUAAUUUAUUUAAUACGAUUAAUAUUAACAGGGUGUUUAUAUAAACGAUUAAAAUUUAUUAAAAUUACAAGUUGAAAAGUUUGAGUUUUUGUUUUGAAUCAUAAAUAACAUCGGUUUCAGUAAUUUGAGCGUCUCGUAUGAACGAGCGCUUCUCACGCGCGGGAGUCGGACGCCGCUUUACACGUUCACUGUUCUGUAAAAGCUAAGAUGUAAUCGAUAUUCAUUUUUAAGUCCUUUUAUUAAUGUUUCCUUGUACUGUGCCUUUUUUAAUUAUAAUUGAUGUAAUAUUAUUAAUUAGCUUAUGUUUUAAUAUUUAGAAAUGUAAUUCGUGGAUUAUUGUGUUAUUGUACAAACGAUCGGCGGGCGCCAGAUAUUCGGUGAAAUUGAUUUAUCAAAACGAUUAUAUUAUUAACGAAAUAAGCAGUAAAAUGAUUUGCUUUUGAUUAAUGUAGAAAGUAAAAUGUAAUCUCUCUGUAGUAAAUAAAAUGUAGAAUAAUAAUAUAUUAAUUUCGCACAUGUGUGGCGCAGGUCUUAUCGUUUAUAGCGAUCGUUAUAUUUAGAAUCCUAAUGUGCUAUCAAUAUAUAAUUAAUAUCUGACUUAUUUAUACAAAAUGUAAACAAAAUAAUACUAUAUAUAAUAACUGUCUCGUGAAAUAGCUCGACGAAAGGCAACGUCGACGGCGUAACUUUGUUUAGUUUACAUUCUGUAUACGUCACAAUAUAUAAAAUUAUAAUUCGUAAUAUGAAUGUCUGUACAAAGAAAUUGGUCUAUAAAUAUGUAAAUAGUUCGAAAUUACUCGAUCUGUCCUCUUCGGUUGCGACGUCGCGAGGUCACCGUAUGGGAACGCGAGGACGGCCACCCGUACCGUACGGACUCAAAUAACACGUAGGAUCUGCUGAGAGCUGCCAAGAAACUCGGUAGUUACUAUUUUUCGCUAAUUGAAUUACAUAAUAUAUUAAUAAUAAACAAUUUAGUUUUUUAUAUCUCGCAUUACAAUUAUAUACUAACUUGAAUCACAAGGAAAUAAUCAUCAAUCGUGGUGUCUAUGGUCAAAUUAAUUGUAGUUAUCUGGUUGUGGAAGUCGCUCCACGAUGUAACAAUAGUAUAACAGACUUGGUAGGCAACUAGAAAUUAAACAAAUCCUAAUAUAAAUACAAUUUAAAUACUCCAACGCACAAAUCAACCCAGAAAAGUGAUUGCCGCGCUUUUUGUUCCACAGAUUAAACUUUAACUACUUUUUUAAUACAGUUCCUGGCAUGGGAAUCGCAUUAGUGGUUGUUUAUAAAGAUAAGAUUAUAUUAUUUUAGCGUAAAAUAUUUAUGGCUGUCCUACUUGGUGGGUUGUCUUUAGAUUUACGGAUGGAUCUCAUGAUUACUAUUUUUUUUUAAUCUAUUAAUAAUAUCAAUAUCGAGUGAAGGCUGAGUGUUGGGUCAAAUCUGGUUUGGUGUUAAAUAAAAUAAAAAUUACUUUCGAUUUUCAAAUGUAUAUAAUUUAUUGUAUUUCUAUAUACGUAAAUGUCGGUUUUUUUGUAAAAAUUCUUGUUCGAGGUAUGAACGUAAAUACCAAAUAUUAAAUUUGUAAAAUUGCGUAACGCGCUGUAAUGUUGAUGUUAUUUGGUUGUUGUUCGAUUUGACCAAAGCGGAGGUGACGGUAGCUGUGAAUGUAUUUUUGCUAAACAUUGUAAUGAACAAAUAAAUGGGCUUGUUUAAA